AUGGGGACAGAAGGCGGCGGCAACAACUUCCCCGGUGCUGCAAGGCCAUUCGGGAUGGUAAAGCUGGGACCCGAUCUGCUCAGCGGUACAAAAGAUGCAUACUCCGGAUACCUGGCCGAGGGCGAGUUCUCCGGUUUCAGUAUGAUGCACGAGCAAGGGACCGGUGGUGCCCCAAAGUACGGCACUGUCUCACAACUACCUCUCGUCGGUGAAAUCACCAACCCUCUUUCAAACAUAACCAUCGGUCGUAAGGGCGUUGAUGAAGCAGAGGUGGGAUAUUACAAGGCGGAGACAGAAGAUGGUGUCACUGUGGAACUGAGCGCGACGGCUCAUGCGGGCAUUUACCGAUACUCUUUCCCGCCAGAAUCGGACGAGAACCAUGUCCUGGUUGAUGUAUCCCAUGUGCUUCCGUCAUUCAGAGGGCAAGGCUUGAGCCAGGGAUACAAGGGUGGCAACCUCACUGUCUUCCCCGACGGCCAUUAUGCCGGGUAUGGAAUUUAUGACAAUGGCUGGAAUCGUUCUCCGGAUUGGACAAUUUACUUCUGUGGCUGGUUCGACCAAGACAUUGACGAGAGCCGGGUGUACACCGGUACCGAUGAGGACGGCAGCAUUGAACAGGAAAGCGAAUCUGCUAGUUCUUCGACCGGGUCGACACGUGUUGGAGGCGUCUUCUCCUUCAACGAUACACAAAUCAUCUCCCGGGUGGGAAUCUCCUGGAUAUCCACCAGUCGAGCCUGCAAGUAUGUUGAUGACGAGCUUGAUGAAGCGUCUUUCGAGUCCGUUGUCGACGAAGCACAGACUGAGUGGGAGGAGACGGUUUUCUCCAAGGUGACAACAACAACAACGAACGAGACCAGCCUCACUCUGCUGUACUCGUCUCUUUACUUCAUGCACUUGAUUCCAACCAAUCAAACAGGAGAGAACCCGGGCUGGGAAUCAGACGAGCCCUAUUACCAGGAUAUCUUCACGUUUUGGGAUACUUUCCGAUGCGCGACGGCACUGAUGCACAUCUUGCAACCAACUGCAUAUGAAGAGCAGAUUCGCUCCUUGAUUGACAUCUGGCGCUUCGAUGGUUUUCUGCCUGACGGCCGCUCUUCAAACUACAACGGCCGAACACAGGGCGGCUCGAACGCAGACAAUGUUCUCGCAGAUGCCUAUGUCAAAGGCGUGCGCGGUGCCGUUGAUUGGGAAGACGGUUACCGCGCAAUGGUAACAGAUGCCGAAGUCACCCCGGAAAAUUACCCCAUCGACUCGAUGGCCCGUGACUCCUCCACCAAGGAAGGACGAGGAGCGCUUCCGGACUGGAUCGAGCGGGGAUACAUCACGCCUACUUACUCCCGCGCCGUCAGCCGAGCUGUUGAAUAUGCGUGCAAUGACUUUGCUCUGUACCAGGUCGCAUCCGGCCUUGGUUUGGAUGACGAUGCGGACAAGUACUUGAAUCGGUCUAGAAACUGGCGAAACCAUUGGAACCCAAAUUUGGAGUCGCUAGGCUUCUCAGGCUUUGUUGUUCCUCGUAACGACGAUGGUUUUAUCGACACCAACCCGGUGACCAACGCGGGAUAUUGGGCUGAUCCAUACUACCAGGCAAAUUCCUGGGCAUACUCAUUGACAAGUGUCCAUGAUUUCCAGCAUAUCAUUGACUUGGCCGGUGGCGAGAGUAUCAUGCGUGAGCGCUUGGAUACAAUGUUCACUGACGGCGCAAGUGGUUCCAGUGGAAUUAUUUUCGACCCAACAAACGAACCGCAAGACCUCUCUGUUGAGCAGUCCCGAAGCAUCGCCAAGUCCUACUACAAUACCGGCGUAACCGGCCUUCCAGGCAACAGCGACGCUGGUGCCAUGCAAACAUGGCUCCUCUGGAACAUGAUUGGCUUGUAUCCGAUCACUGGACAAGCCACUUUCCUUAUCCAUUCGCCGUGGUUUGAGUCUUUGACCAUUGAUCUGGGCGAUGGCAAGACGCUGCAAGUCACCUCCACCGGCGGAGAUGGGACCGGCGACGAAAGCAUCUACGUGCAGAGCCUGCAAGUGAAUGGGCGGAACUGGAGAAAGAAUUGGCUGGACUGGGGCGACAUCUUUGCCGAGGGAGGGACGCUGGAAUUCGAACUCGGAGCUGAGCCGAGCGAGUGGUUCACCGGGGAAGUGCCACCAAGCCCUGCGUCUGUCAGUGUCCAGGGCGCGCCCCCUAGAGUUGCUAUUGUGCAGAGCUCGGGGUUAUAG